UCUUUAAUAAUGAGAUUAUAACUAUUAGAGAGAACAUUUAUAAUCUCCUCCCUCAACCAGUACCCAUCUAUCCUCAAAUAGAGUAACCAUAGAAACAGCUGUAAACCCUGAUAUAUAUUUAGAUGCUUUACUCCCAUCAACCUUCACCAACUGACUUCAACAAUGUCUACGUCUAAACCUUCUACCUGUCUCUUAGACCCCAUCCUGACUAGGUUCAACCGUUAGUUAGCACGUCUUUGCUAAAUAUUAUCAAUCUGUCUUUGCUAACAGGCCAUGUACCACAGUCCUUCAGAGUAGCUGUAAUUAAACCUCUUCUUAAACCAGUUUAGUGUGGUUCAUUUAAUGCCAAUCAAAUGUUCUAGUCUCUGCAACAGGAUGUAAUGAUCAAUGGUGUCGAACGCAGCACUAAGGUCUAAAAAGCUGCAUUCGACACCAAAAAAAGUCCGCAAUUUUCACCAGCGCUGUCUCUGUGCUAUGACUCACUCAAAGCCAACAGCUCUGGAUCGAGAGUGGGCUUCUUAACUCCCAGUUAAAACAAACUUCAAGGACUGCCUUUUUCCAGCUACGGAAUAUUUCACAAAUCAGGCGCAUCCUGUCUCAAAGCGAUGCAGAGAAAUGAGUUCAUGCAUUUGUUACGUCUAGACUAGAUUACUGCAACUCCUUAUUAUCAGGCUGCUCUAAUAAUAGUACUGUACUCUAGAUAGUUCAUGAUCAAAUGAAACAGUAUCACAUACUUGAUUGAGAGGGGGAUAAGCGGAACUAAUGAUAACACUUCUUAGCUUAGAGGAAGAGGACUCAUAUUUCAGUUACACAGUGUCUGUGCUUCCUGUCCGUUCAAUUUAUACAUCCGUGUUCCCGUCGGGGAGUUUUCGCUAGCUUGUGUAACAGUUCGGUCAUGUUUCGGAGUGUUGUGGGUAGAUUGGUGACGGAAACAGGACGUGUUCCCCGCUGCAUGAGGACUACUGCUCUAACACAGAGGCUGACAGCCGUGUCCGUGUCGGCCAGGAGCUUUUCGGAUGUGAAGGACGAAGUGCAGCCGCCUUUUGAUAGCUCGCUGCUCCAGUUCCUGGUAUGUCCGCUGUCCAAGAAGCCGCUCAGGUACGAGGCUAAGACCAACGAGCUGAUCAACGAGGAGCUUGGUAUUGCCUAUCCCAUCAUUGACGGAGUCCCCAACAUGAUCCCUCAGGAAGCCAGACUCCUACAGAAAGACACAGACACCUCCAUCCCCACACCAACACAAGGCUAGAACCUCCAUCCCCACACCAACACAA